AUGGAGGCGAUACUUGAGAAAGUUAACAAUCUUACUCACCAACAAGAUGUGACGGGCCAGGAGAUUCAGCGUCUUUUGAGUAACUACCGGAAAGAUUCGGUAGCUCGUAAGACAAAGGAAUAUCUCACGACGAGAUUGGAACAAUUGGAAAAUCUCUGGACAGCCUUUUCGGAGAGAAAUGAAAAGCUUGAAGAGUUAGCGCAUUAUCUUCCACCUCAUCCAUAUUUCGAGAAACAAUAUUUCUCUUCAAUGCAGCGCGAGUACACCAAGUACAAGGAUGACAUUGCGGAACGCCUUCAGGGUUUGGAAGGCACGUCCAAGUUGAAUAUCGAUUUUGGUAAAUCAGCCACGGGUGCCUUGGAUACAAAGGCCACCAGGGCAGUAAACAAUGCUCAGAACGAGCUUUCCAGCGAUGUCGUGGUACUAAUAAGGCAACAGGAAUCAAGGAUACGGGCUGUGGAAAACAUUAUGACCGGCAUCGACACAGUUGAACAGGCACAACCCAAAUCAUACUACAAAUUGAAGUCAGCUACUUUAUCAAAGUACUGGGAAGAGUUGCGUCAAGGCCAUCAGAAUAUAUGGCAAUAUUCCAGCGAUCCAAAUGAGUUAGGGUACAACGAGGAGAAUUUUCUCAACCUCGAAGAGCAAAUUCAAGACACCUUAAUAUUUCUCGCGGAAUGCCUUUCAAAGCUAGAUCUUAGCAUAGCUCCCGCUACAAGGACCUUUCCAAGCAUCAACUUGUCACACGUGACAAUUCCUGCCUUUGACGGCGGUUAUGCACAAUGGCAAUCCUUCCACGACUUAUUCCGCCAGAUGAUUCACGAGCAGCAAUUGGGAAAUGCUCAGAAAAUGUGGUAUUUGAAGAGCAAUCUAAAGGGUGAAGCAGAGCGACUUAUACGUCAUCUGCCCAUCACUGACGAAAAUUAUGACAUUGCACGGACAACGCUAACAAACCGCUACAGCAAUCAACGAUUGAUGGUAGCCACGCUAUUGGAUAGGCUCACACAGCAGCCGAUGAUUACUUCGGACUCCCCCAGUGCUUUGAAAAAACUUCAUGACAUUACGAAGGAAUGUCUAGCAGGACUCAAGAACUUUAAUAUCAAUAUAGCUAGUUGGGAUCCCAUUUUAUUACAUAUUUUACUGAAGAAGUUAGACAAGGUUACGCACGCCUUAUACGAACAAACUUUGACUUCACCACGAGAACUGCAGCCGGUUGAUGUAUUUCUCGCGUUUUUGGAAAGACGCUUUCAGUCUUUAGAGGCCUUGUGUAGCGACAAGAGGAGUAUGACUCAAAACAAACCUACAAACCGAACCUCGGCUUUAAUAUCCACCAAGGACAGUCAAUCUUUACAGUGCAAAAACUGCAAGGGAACCCAUCGAAUCUACACAUGUGAAGCCUUUAAACAAUUGUCCAUCUGGGAUCGAGUAGCCAAAAUCAAGCAGCUGAGGCUAUGUUUGAGCUGCCUACGGGAAGGACAUCGAAGUGCACAGUGCAGCGCAGGAAGUUGUCUUAAAUGUGGCAAGAAGCACAACACUCUACUACAUAUGGACGCCAACAAUCAAGACAAAACAACGCCCUCUAUCACCGCAAUUCAAACAACAGCCAGCGCCACCAAGCAAGGUCAAGUAUCACGUGUUGUAAAGGACAAGGGUUCUACAAAUGUCAACCAUUCUAUUGCAUUAUCAACGGAAAUAUCUGCAUCAGAGGGGCCUUUUGUCCUAUUAGCUACUGCACUCAUCAAGGUGACAAACCAAAAGGGCAAAUCGAUAGAAAUGAGAGCUCUGCUGGACAGUGGCUCCCAAAUAAACAUAAUUACAGAAACAGCUGUGAGAAAGCUGGGACUACAACCAACUAGUUACCAUAUACACAUUCGUGGUCUGGGCGGAGCGUCGCAACAAUCGCAACAGAAGGUAACGUUGUCAUUGCAAUCAAGAAUCACUACGUUUGCACGGAAGAUAGACGCUAUAGUUUUACCACAUAUAACAUCCUCUCAACCAUCGCAAGGUCUGAAUUCAAGGAAUUGGGCCAUACCCGGCAACAUUCAGCUUGCCGAUCCUCAUUUUGAUCGGGAAGGGCAUAUUGAUCUACUUUUCGGAGCUGAUAUUUACUAUUAG